AUGAUCUUGAAAUAUAUUCAAUACAUUACUGUAGGGAAAUAUAAGCACAACCAGGCUGUACUGUACACUAGAAAUGAGGGUAUUCAGCUCAUAUCAUGUAAUGAUAUGAGUUUGGUUGUGAAAGACCACACCUGUGGCGAGAGGAAGGGACAUGGAUACUCAGGGGUAUAUAACCAUACCUGCAGAGGGUUUCAGCCAGAGUCCUCGAGCGAUCCGGGCUGCGAAGUAGUCCUCCUCCUCCUCCUCUACUCGAACACUCGCUCAGGUCCUCCUCGAAGAGCUCUCGCCAUGAGGGUCUUCUCCGUUGGGUUGGUGACGGCGACGCUGCUGUUCGCCUGGAGCGAUGCUAAUGCCAGGAUAGCACCAAAGAGCAGGUUUAUCGGUUUUCGUCAAGUGACACUGAACCCAGAUCAGGCUCAAACCUACCCCAGUGGUGGUGUUGGUCCCCGUCAGGUGACACUGAACCCAAAUCAGGCUCAGACCUACCCCAGUGGUGGUGUUGGUCCCCGUCAGGUGACACUGAACCCAGAUCAGGCUCAAACCUACCCCAGUGGUGGUGUUGGUCCCCGUCAGGUGACACUGAACCCAGAUCAGGCUCAAACCUACCCUAGUGGUGGUGUUGGUCCCCGUCAGGUGACACUGAACCCAGAUCAAGCUCAGACCUACUCCAGUGGUGUUGGCCCGCGCAUGGAAGUGGCACCACAGUUUGAAAAUAGAGCUGCAGUAAAUUGCGGAUCUUACUACAUAGCCCCGGGUUCUUCCAAGACAUUCCAGUCAAAGAACUACCCCAGUAACUACCCUGGUGGCAAGAGGUGCACAUGGAAAUUCCGCACUUCUGUCGAUUCAAAGUUGAGCAUCCAGUGUGACGAUUUCAAUCUGCAACAGUCGAGACAAUGCAAAAAGGAUUUCUUCCGGGUCACGGAUUCCUCUGGUUUUAAACAAAAAUACUGCGGUGCCAAGGGUUCUCUGAGCGUUUCUGAUAAAUCUAGGAGAGUUACUGUUUUGUUCAAAACAAACAGGAAGAAAUCUAAUACUGGAUUUUCCUGUUCUGUCAGAGCUUCAGUGCCAGACUCCCAAACAACAACUGUAGACCCUCAGCCAACUUCGGAAUGCACUGGAUGUGGACAAGUGAACCGUGCCAACCGCAUUGUUGGUGGAGUAGAGACAGAGGUGAACGAAUAUCCCUGGAUGGUGUCUCUUGUCAACGGCAAUGGAUACUAUCACUUCUGUGGCGGUUCUAUCAUCUCCAGUCAAUGGGUCGUCACUGCAGCUCACUGUGCAGCUAUCAUGAGCACCUCGGAUUAUGUGUUGGUGGGAGACCACAAUCUGUACUCAUCAAGUGAUGCCAAUUCUCAGUGGAUGCAAAUUGCUGAAAUUGUGAGUCAUCCGUCCUAUGAUUCAAAUACACUGGACAACGACAUUGCCCUCAUCAGACUUACCACAGAAAUACAGUUCCCAUCUGACAACAAAAUCGCCCCUGUGUGCCUUCCAACAGCUGGUGAAAUGUAUGAUAAUGUGGAUGCCACAAUCACCGGAUGGGGAGCUCAACAGGAGGGAGGAUCCACAUCCGGUACCUUGUUCGAAGUAACAGUGCCCACCAUGACUAACACCGAAUGCAAUAACAAAUAUGGAGGAAGCAUUACUGACAACAUGAUCUGCGCAGGCAUUCCUGAGGGAGGCAAGGACUCCUGUCAGGGAGACUCUGGAGGACCAAUGGUGGUGGAAGAAAACGGCAAGUGGAAACUGGUGGGAGUUGUAUCGUGGGGAUAUGGCUGUGCUCGACCUGAUAGGCCCGGAGUCUAUGCCAGAGUUACACAAUAUUUGCAAUGGAUUUCUGACUCUACAACCGGUGUCUGUGUUGAUGGAAACACACCUGCUCCUACUAAUGCCCCGACGCCCGCUCCUACUCCUGCACCCACGCCUGCCCCUACAUCUGCUCCCAGUUCUGACUGCCCUGGAUGUGGACAAGUGAACCGUGCCAACCGCAUUGUUGGUGGAGUAGAGACGGAGGUGAACGAAUAUCCCUGGAUGGUUUCUCUUGUCAAUGGCAAUGGAUACUAUCACUUCUGUGGCGGUUCUAUCAUCUCCAGCCAAUGGGUCGUCACUGCAGCUCACUGUGCAGCUGUCAUGAGCACCUCGGAUUAUGUGUUGGUGGGAGACCACAACCUGUACUCAUCAAGUGAUGCCAAUUCUCAGUGGAUGCAGAUUGCUGAAAUUGUGAGUCAUCCGUCCUAUGAUUCUAAUACACUGGACAACGACAUUGCCCUCAUCAGACUCACCACAGAAAUACAGUUCCCAUCUGACAACAAAAUCGCCCCUGUGUGCCUUCCAACAGCUGGUGAAAUGUAUGAUAAUGUAGAUGCCACAAUCACAGGAUGGGGAGCCCAACAGGAGGGAGGAUCUACAUCCGGUACCUUGUUCGAAGUAACAGUGCCCACCAUGACUAACACCGAAUGCAAUAACAAGUAUGGAGGAAGCAUCACUGACAACAUGAUCUGCGCAGGCAUUCCUGAGGGAGGCAAGGACUCCUGUCAGGGAGACUCUGGUGGACCAAUGGUGGUGGAAGAAAACGGCAAGUGGAAGCUGGUGGGAGUUGUGUCGUGGGGAUAUGGCUGUGCUCGACCUGAUAGGCCCGGAGUUUAUGCAAGAGUUACACAAUAUUUGCAAUGGAUUUCUGACUCUACAACCGGUGUCUGUCUCGAUGGGAACACACCUGCUCCAACCAAUGCCCCGACGCCUGCUCCUACUCCUGCACCCACGCCUGCCCCUACGUCUGCUCCCAAUUCUGACUGCCCUGGAUGUGGACAAGUGAACCGUGCCAACCGCAUUGUUGGUGGAGUAGAGACGGAGGUGAACGAAUAUCCCUGGAUGGUUUCUCUUGUCAACGGAAAUGGAUACUAUCACUUCUGUGGCGGUUCUAUCAUCUCCAGCCAAUGGGUCGUCACUGCAGCUCACUGUGCAGCUGUCAUGAGCACCUCGGAUUACGUGUUGGUGGGAGACCACAAUCUGUAUUCAUCAAGUGAUGCCAAUUCUCAGUGGAUGCAGAUUGCUGAAAUUGUGAGUCAUCCGUCCUAUAAUUCUAAUACACUGGACAACGACAUUGCCCUCAUCAGACUCACCACAGAAAUACAGUUCCCAUCUGACAACAAAAUCGCCCCUGUGUGCCUUCCAACUGCUGGUGAAAUGUAUGAUAAUGUGGAUGCCACAAUCACAGGAUGGGGAGCUCAACAGGAGGGAGGUUCCACAUCAGGCACCUUGUUCGAAGUUACAGUGCCCACCAUGACUAACACCGAAUGCAAUAACAAGUAUGGAGGAAGCAUCACUGACAACAUGAUCUGCGCAGGCAUUCCUGAGGGAGGCAAGGACUCCUGUCAGGGAGACUCUGGAGGACCAAUGGUGGUGGAAGAAAACGGCAAGUGGAAGCUGGUGGGAGUUGUGUCGUGGGGUUAUGGCUGUGCUCGACCUGAAAGGCCCGGAGUUUAUGCAAGAGUUACACAAUAUUUGCAAUGGAUUUCUGACUCUACAACCGGUGUCUGUGUCGAUGGGAACACACCUGCUCCAACUAAUGCCCCGACGCCUGCUCCUACUCCUGCACCCACGCCUGCCCCUACGUCUGCUCCCAAUUCUGACUGCCCUGGAUGUGGACAAGUGAACCGUGCCAACCGCAUUGUUGGUGGAGUAGAGACGGAGGUGAACGAAUAUCCCUGGAUGGUUUCUCUUGUCAACGGAAAUGGAUACUAUCACUUCUGUGGCGGUUCUAUCAUCUCCAGCCAAUGGGUCGUCACUGCAGCUCACUGUGCAGCUGUCAUGAGCACAUCGGAUUACGUGUUGGUGGGAGAUCACAAUCUGUAUUCAUCAAGUGAUGCCAAUUCUCAGUGGAUGCAGAUUGCUGAAAUUGUGAGUCAUCCGUCCUAUAAUUCUAAUACACUGGACAACGACAUUGCCCUCAUCAGACUCACCACAGAAAUACAGUUCCCAUCUGACAACAAAAUCGCCCCUGUGUGCCUUCCAACUGCUGGUGAUAUGUAUGAUAAUGUGGAUGCCACAAUCACAGGAUGGGGAGCUCAACAGGAGGGAGGUUCCACAUCAGGCACCUUAUUCGAAGUUACAGUGCCCACCAUGACAAACACCGAAUGCAAUAACAAGUAUGGAGGAAGCAUCACUGACAACAUGAUCUGCGCAGGCAUUCCUGAGGGAGGCAAGGACUCCUGUCAGGGAGACUCUGGAGGACCAAUGGUGGUGGAAGAAAACGGCAAGUGGAAGCUGGUGGGAGUUGUGUCGUGGGGUUAUGGCUGUGCUCGACCUGAAAGGCCCGGAGUUUAUGCAAGAGUUACACAUGGCUCCACAUGUACUCAGUCAACAAGGAGUGCAGCGGUAGAUCCUAGUGAUCACUCCUAA